AUGCAUACUUCAGCCCUCUUCUCCUCUCUGCUCGCCCUAGCAUCCACCGCCCAGUCCCUCAAGUUCACCGGCCCAAGCACCUCAUCACCUCUCGACUUAUCAAAAGAAAUCACCAUCACCUGGAGCGAGGGCAACUCAUCAGGGCAUAAAACCCGGCCUACUUUUGACUUGGAGUGGUUCUCUCAGCCCACUGACCUGAAAAGCUUCGGCUUCGAGAUCGAGACCGGCGUGAACGUUUCCGCCGGACAAUACAAGUUCACGCCCAGCUCAAACACGAUUAACACACUGCGACCGUUCGCCAACCAGCUUUCCGAGAACAAGACGUUCUUAUUUAAUGCAAUCUUCCGAAAUGAGAGCGAUGAGAGCGAUGUGGUAUACGAGGCUUCAAGUGGCAAAUAUGCUGUUGUUGGGUUGGAUAAAGUAACGAAUGCUGGAAAGGCAGUUGGACUUGAAUGGGGACUUUUGGCGUGCGGACUUGCGGCAGCGAGCUUUUUUAUGAUAUAA